AUGGCCACUACCACCGAGGUCAAGACCGACAAUCCCAGCUUUGUCCUCCACGGCGUACACGACGUCAAGAUCGAGGAGCGCCCUAUUCCCGAGAUCGAGGGAGACCAGGUGCUUGUCGCCAUCUCCAAGACCGGUAUCUGCGGUUCGGACGUCCACUACCUCGAGCAUGGUGCCAUCGGCUCCUUUGUUGUCAAGGAGCCCAUGUGCCUCGGUCACGAAAGCAGCGGAAAGGUCGUGAAGCUUGGUCCGAAGGUUCCUACAUCGGCUAACCUCGCUGUCGGUGACCGCGUUGCCCUGGAGCCUGGUAUGGGCUGCCGCGUCUGCGAGAUGUGCAAGAGUGGCAAGUACGAGUACGGCACUCUCUGCCGCUACUACAAACUCCCGUAUGACCUACUCUACAAGCUGUCCGACAAUGUCUCGGACGAGGACGGCGCCAUGAUGGAGCCCUUGUCGGUUGCGACCCACGCUCUCAACACCUUGGCCCAGCUGCGGUCCGGCGAGAAUGUGGUUGUCUUCGGUGCCGGACCUGUUGGUCUUCUCUGCAUGGCUGUCGCCAAAGCGCUCGGCGCUGCCCGUGUUGUCGCGGUGGACAUCCAGAAGGAGCGGCUGGACUUUGCCAAGAGCUAUGCCGCCACGGACAUCUACUUGCCUCCUGCCAAGAAAGAGGGUGAAGACCUGGAGGCGUACGAGGCCCGCAACGCUGCUACCCUCCGUGAGACUCUCAACAUUCCCGAGAUUGGCCUCAGCGCUCUCCAGGUUUGCAUCGACGCUACCGGUGCCCCGGUAUGUAUCGGCACCGGCUUGCAGCUUCUCGCCCCGGCCGGUCGUUUUGUCCAAGUCGGCAUGGGUCCCAGCACCGUUCCCAUCCCCAUGUUCGCCAUUGUCACCAAGCAGCUCAAGGUGCUCGGCUCGUUCCGUUACGGCGAGGGAGACUACCCUCUUUCGAUUUCCCUCGUCUCUCGUGGUCUCGUUGACCUCAAGCCCCUCGUCACCCACCGCUAUGCCUUCAAGGACGCCGAGGAGGCUUUCAACAUCACCAAGAAUGGCCACGGCAAGGAUGGCAAGCCCGUUAUCAAAUGCAUUAUCGACCCUCCCCAGUAG